AUGCCUGCAGACGCGGACAAGCAGCAGCAGCAGCAGCAGCAGCUGCUGCAGCAGCAGCUGCUGCAGCAGCAAGGGGAGCAGCAGCAGCUGCUGCUGCAGCAGCAAAAGGAGCAGCAGCAGCAGAAAACGGGACAGCAGCAGCGAACGGGGCUGCAGCAGCAGCUGCAGAAGCAACGAACGGGGAUGCAGCAGCAGCUACUGCAGCAGCAAACGGGGACGCAGCAGCAACUAUAA